AGCUGUGUCAUGACUUAUCAGAGUGAUGGCGUCCACGUUCUCACAGCGCCUGUUUGGUCUCCGUGCUAAACUGCUGCGUCGCUACGAACAUGGGCCUUUUGUGAGGUGUCUGUCGGGUCUGUACGGCUGUCGAUGGAGACGCUACGAGAGGAGCGGAGGCCCACCAGGAGACUGCUGCUGCAGCAAGCUGGAAGGAGCCGCCUUCGCUCUGCUGGUUGCAGCUUUCUGUCUCACGCUGCUGUUUCUCUACUUCUGGGGACAAGCUGAGAACGACUACAAUGACUUCGACUGGUUUAACUUUGGUCACUUGGGGUUCUGGUUUCCUUGGUCUGUGGUGCUCCUGGUCAUCUCUGCAGGCCUCUUCACCUACGUCACGGUGCUCAUGCUCCUUGCUGUUUGUUUACUCUCCGAAGGCCAGAAGCUUCAUUUACACUGGAGCCACAAGGUCGGGAUCCUGAUCUGCCUGAUUUUCUCCAUCGUAGCCACUGCCGUCUUGUCUGACCUGUGGGGAGAAGAAUGGACAACGCUGCUGCUCUCCUUCCAGGUGACGGCGCCUUAUUUGCAUCUUGGCAGUGUUCUGCUGAUGACAUCGUUGGCCUGGCCCAUAGCUUUGCAUAUUUUUCGCAUGAACGGCAGAGUGAGGAAGAUGCUGAUCUUUAGGGUGUAUCUGGCCAUCCUGUUUACUCUCUACCUGGUGCCGCUCGGUUUGUAUUCUCCUUGCAUCAAAGAGAAAGGGACCCUGGGCCCUGCGCCGGCUCUGAUUGGCCACAGAGGAGCACCCAUGCUCGCUCCAGAAAACACACUGAUGUCCUUUGAGAAGGCAGUGGAAGCUGGAUGUGACGGCCUGGAGACAGACGUUGCUAUAAGUUAUGAUGGUGUGCCAUUCCUCAUGCAUGACCACAACCUCCAACGCACCACCAACAUCCAUGAGGUUUUUCCAAACCGGACCAACACCCCUGCUGCCAUGUUCACCUGGAGCGAGCUUGAGAGUCUGAACGCCGGUUCCUGGUUCCUGUCUCAAAAUCCAUUUGGGACAGCUGGUUCUCUGGGACAGGAGGAGAGACGCCAAGCAGAAAACCAGUCAAUCUGCAGCCUGCAGGACUUCCUGCAGCUUGCUGGUCAGACUCACAAACUGGUGAUCUUUGACCUCUACCGCCCCCCCUACGGCCACCCGUACAGCAACAGCUGGAUUCAGCGCACACUGGAUGUCCUCUACAAAGUGUCGUCCAUUCAGUCAUCACAGGUGCUGUGGCUGCCCUCAGAUAUGAGGUCUCUGGUCCAUCAAACGGAUCCUGACCUCCAACAGACGUCUGGGAGUCGGCUCCCUCUAGAGGAACUGCAGCGUAACCACAUCAUGAAACUCAACCUGCCCUAUAGCUCCAUGUCAGCUGAACUCAUCAGUGAGUACUCUGCAGUAAACAUCACCACCAACCUGUAUGUGAUCAGCCAGCCGUGGCUCUACUCUCUAGCCUGGUGCUCGGGGGUCCAUUCGGUCACCACCAACGCUCCCCAGCUGCUUCGGACCCUCAAAUCCCCGCUUCUCCUUAUGAGUCCAGAAGAAUACAGACUGAUGUGGAUUCUCACUGAUGUCCUCUCCCUCCUGUUGGUCAUCAUAAUCUUCUACUUUCAUAGAUGGCGAGAACGGGCUUUCUGCUCAGAGGAAGAAAGGAAGCUGGAUAACAGCAGCUACAGCCAAAUAAAAACAGAGAUGGAAAACAUCUGGUCAGUCUCCAGUUCAAACUGUCAAACAGAGAAGAUGGUCAACAUGCCUACCGUGACGGAGCCCUGAGAGUCUUCUGGACAGCGCCAAUCUUGCAACCCACCAGCCUGAAAGCUUCCUGCAACACUGCAAUCAAACCACCGCAAUGACGGAAGAUGAUUGCAAAAAUCUACAAACAUCAAAUGUUCUCAGGUUCAAUUCCUUUAGUAAUUUUACCUUAAUAGUAAUAAAGUUACGCUGCAGUAAACUCCUAAUAGCUUUCUUUGACAAUGUGACUCAUAAGCUUGUCUGCGUAAAGAUCAAUAAACAAUUUUUAUCUA